AAUUUUAAAACAAGAACUACGGCUGGAACCGACUUAUGGCGCCUCCGGUGGCACUCAGACACACCUUGCAAACGAACGAAAGCAGCGCCUGAGAUCGGAGGUGUUGUUUCGCAACUUGGAGCGAAUAGUUAUUAUACUCUGUACUUACACCGUUGUUCUUUAAAUUCGACGUCGUAUGCCGUUCACGUAAUCUUUAGCAAAGCUCAUCACUCGAGGGGCGUCCAUGGGUCUCUUCGGGAAAACCCCCGAACGAUCGCCCAAGGAGCAAGUGCGGGAAUGGACGUCCAAGCUCAGGAAGGAGGGUUACCAGCUAGAUCGGCAAAUCAGAGCUAUCCAGCGGCAGGAGGAAGGCGUGAAGAAGUCGCUGAAAGAGGCAGCAAAGAAAAAUGAACAGGACGUCUGCCACAUCCUGGCCAAAGAAGUGAUCCGUGCCCGCAAGGCUAUCAACAGAAUACACGCCUCCAAAGCUCAGCUGAACUCGGUGGUGAUGAGCAUGAAUCAUCAGCUGGCAACUCUCCGGCUGGCUGGCUCGCUCCAGCGGAGUACCGAGGUGAUGAAAAGCAUGCAGCAGCUCAUCAAAAUCCCAGAAGUGGCUCAGACAAUGCGAGACUUGUCCAAGGAAAUGAUGAGGGCUGGAAUCAUAGAGGAGAUGUUAGAAGACACAAUGGAGGGUCUCGACGACCAGGAGGAAUUGGAAGAAGAGGCACAAGAAGAAGUUGACAAGGUCCUGUGGGAGUUGACAGCUGGAACCUUGGGAAAAGCCCCGACUGCGGUCACAGAGUCAUUACCCUCGGAAGACGUCGAAGUGGCAGGUCCCUCAACCUCUCUUGCCGAGGACGAAGACGAUGACGUCUCUAAAAUGCAGGAAAGGCUGCAGGCAUUGCGCAGCUGAAUAUUGGGAGUCCUUGUAAAAAGUAAAUGCGCUGUUGUUAUGCUUCAGGAGAUCCGGGCCUUUUUCUUUUCUUUGUUUUUAAAUGUCUUGCAGUGCUAUAAUGGCGAUCUCUCGCAGUUCGAAAGUGUCUUUGCAGACAAUUUGUUUCCGGUAGCAGGAAAGCCAAGGCAUUCUUUGCAAACAUCCUGCUUAUGGUUUGCAAGCUUACAUUGUACCGAUAGCUUUUGCGUCACAAAGUCUGAUCAUCUCCCAGUUUAUCAACUGACCGUGGUUCACCUUGAUGUGUGGAGCAUGCACUCUACUCUACUGUUGGCCAAGCACUUGCGUUGUCAUAAUAAGUGCUUGAAAUAAGAGUUGUGUAACUUUACAAAUUUUUGGUAGUUGCCACAGAGUAGUGUCAAUGGUAGCAAGCACAAUUUUGGACUGCUAAGCACUCAUGUUUGUUUAUGAAAGCGUAAGAUUUUGUAUUUAUGUAGAUGCCGAUUAUUGCCGAAGAUGUUGAUGUGCAGAGCAUGAAUAAAUAUGAGCAAAGUACAAA